AUGGGGAAGGCUAAGCGUGCAUCGAUAUUUAUCAGGCUCGUUUCGGCGGCUGGGACUGGAUUGUUCUAUGUGAAGCGCAAGAAUCCUCGGCGGAUCACAGAGAAGCUCGAGUUCGGGAAGUACGAUCCGCGUGUAAACAAGCAUGUGCUAUUCACGGAAGCCAAGAUGAAGUGA